GGACGGGUUUGUGGACUGCAAGAAGGUGAUGAAUCUGCGGCAGGAGCUGACACAAGGUGGAUACUGUGCCGGCUUCACGUCCGAGGAGAAAGACCCCGAGGAGUUUCUCAACGUGAUCAUGCAGCAGGUGCUGGGACUGGAGCCACUCCUGAAGCUGAAGUCGGAGGGACACAAGGACCAGGAGUGCUACUGUCACCAGAUCUUCAUUGACCCGGACGAUGAGCUGCUGGUGCCCACGGUACAACAGCUGGUGGAACGUUCCUUCCACAGCAACCACCUCAAGCUGACCGAGGUUCCCUCCUGCUUUAUCAUACAGAUGCCUCGCUUUGGGAAGAGUUAUAAGAUGUUUGAGAAAAUCAUCCCUUCUCUGGAACUGGACAUCACCGACCUGCUGAGUGAAAGCCCCAGGGGGUGCUUUGUGUGCGACGAGCUGGCCACCCAGGAGUGCGAGGACUGCUUCAAAGACAAGCUCUUCUCCAAAACCGGCCUCAAGCAGUUCUGUGACACUUGCUGGACACAGGUUCACUCGCAGGCGUCGCGGCGCCGGCACGUGCCGUUGGCGCUGCGCUGCCCGGCGGGGUACGAGGGGGGGCGUCGGGCAGGGGUCCCCCGCGAGCGGAUGCAACUCUUCGCUGUGCUGUGCAUCGAGACCAGCCACUACGUAUCCUUCGUCAAGUACGGACCGCAGAACAGUGACUGGAUGUUCUUCGACAGCAUGUCCGACAGGCACGGUGGGGAGAGCGGCUACAACAUCCCAUCGGUGACGGCCUGCCCCGAGGUUGGUCAGUACAUGGACAUCCCCCCCGCACAGCUGGCCAAGCAGAGUGGCCGCGACAUGGCGGGAGUGGCCAAACGGCAGUUCUGUGACGCCUACAUGUACCUGUACCAGAACCCCAGGAUGGCCGUGUACAAGUGACCAUAUCCGCCCCCCUCCACAAUCCCACCUACUCCACACACCCAGCCCCAGUGGCCCUGACUCUGGUGGUCUCUCACCUCCCACACAAGGGACUGUCUCUCCAGCUCAUCCAGCCUGGCCCAGCAUUCAGCGUCCACAUGCUCCACACACCCAGCCACUGUGCCAGCGAGUCUGGCCUGCUGCCUUGCAGAGAAGCAUAGACAAUAGGUGCAGGAGUAGGCCAUUCGGCCCUUCCAGCCAACACCGCCGUUCAAUAUGAUCAUGGCUGAUCAUCCCCAAUCAGUACCCCGUUCCUGCUUUCUCCCCAUAUCCCCUGAUUCCGUUAGCUAAAUCUAACUCUCUCUUGAGAACACCCAGUGAAUCGGCCUCCACUGCCUUCUGUGGCAGAGAAUUCCACAGAUUCACAACUCUCUGGGUGAAAAUGUUUUUCCUCGUCUCAGUCCAAAAUGGCUUUACCCUAUAUUCUUAAACUGUGGCCCCUGGUCCUGGAUUCCCCCAACAUCGGGACCAUUUUUCCUGCAUUUAGCCGCUCCAAUCCCUUAAGAAUGUAAUAUGUUUCUGUAAGAUCCCCCUCUCAUCCGUGUAAAUUCCAGUGAGUACAAGCCCAGUCGACCCAUCCUACAGGAGGGAGGGUCUCCCAGCUUAUCCAACCUGGCCCAGCGUCCGCAGUCUCAUCCCCAGUGACACUGAGUCUGGUGUUUCACACCCUACAAGAGGCAAUGUCUCCCCGUCUCCUCCAGCCCGGCCCAGCUUCCAGCGUCCAGAUCGCUUUCCCAGUCUCCUGCUUUUUAUAGGAGACUGUCAGAUUUAUAUUGCACCAGUACAUUUAUAAAUAAAGAGAUUUAUUUCAUUUUU